AUGUGUCGCUUGUGCCUAGCCUGUUUUCCUCUGCAUUCAUUUGAUUCUCUUACAGUUGUAAGCAGACGCAACACACGGAUUAGCGACUAUAGCGAAAAGGGCCUUUACUCUGUUACUUCUGAUAGCGAUACUGCCAGAAAUCCCGAUCUUAAUAAUGAUGUUUUGCGUUCUUGCGCCUUGCCUUGGGAUAAUGGGUUGGGAUGGGGUGUUACAUCAGCAUAUACAAAAACUUCGAGGUCAGUAUCGCUGUCGCUACAACUUCGUUCUCCACUCACUCCUUUGAGCUUCCGUCCUGCACUUCAGGCAAUUAACGACCACCCCACGACGGCCAAAGCCGAGGCCCAAGACGAGAGUCUCGCAGGAGACGCUAGUUGUGGAAAAAACCCCGUUUCCAACAGAGCGAAGCUCGCCAAAACAGUCGUACCACAACUUUCAAAGCCUUCAGACAGAGAAAAAAUAUCGCUUUUGUUUAUUUCGUUAUUAGAGACUGAGACUAAGGGCUCAGCUACUGGUUUUAUUCAAUACAUUCGUAUAGAAACCAAUCAUUUACGCUUUCAGCAUUUAGGUUUGAUUUCAGGAGAAUUUUCUGAUUUUACAUUCUUGACUGAAUUGCGACUAAAUGCUAACAUUGACUGGUCAAGCUUGUACAUUUCCCUAUCUACUUUUGUUAGAUGA